CUGAGCUCCAAGCUUUCAUCCGCAGUCUGCACCACUUCCAUACAGAUUCCCAGAAUUCUCUUUCCAAAACCUCACCGCAUCGUUGCAAAUGGCUCUGUCGGCUGGCACUGUGAUUCUCUCGAUGAAAACUCUGUUAAUUUUUGCAGGCACAGUGUCUCUGUUGAUGGCAAUGAGGUCUGUUCUUCCGUUGCUCCUCUUUGAUUUCCGGAUGAUUUGGGGUGUGUUCAUGGCGUGGCUCAGGCCUCCUUACCUUUACUUCGUCAUCAACGGAAUCAUCCUCGCCAUUGUAUUCGCCUCUCGUUUCCAGCACGAACGCCUCGAGAAGCAGCUGUCCGGUCAGUUACAGCCGUUGAUUACUGUCAGGACGCCUCCGCCGGCCGAGCUGGUUGCGUUUGCUCAGCCAGAGUACAAAUCGGUCGUGGAAGAGUCGUUUAGGGCGGCGUUCGGAGACGAACCGCCUGAGGUGCUGGAGUUGAAGCCAGUGGUGGUUAACGGUUCUAUGGAGGGUUUGGAUGAAGAGAAAUUAACUGAAGAUGAUGAUGUGAUUGCUGAGGAGGUUAGGGAAGUGCAGAUUAAUCCUUCCCUGGAUCCGCCGCCGGAAACUGAAACCGAGCUGCUUCCGUCACUUGCGGCGGAAAAACCGCUCGUUUCUACACGUUUCGCUCACCGUAAACCGUCCGUGAGAGCCAGUCCAGAAGGUGGAAGAGGUUUGAGGGUGUCGAGGCCGAAGAAGCAGGAGACACUGGAGACUACAUGGAGAAUGAUUACAGAAGGCCGCCACGUGCCGCUCACGAGGCACCUCAGGAAAUCCGAUGCCCUUGAGAACCAGAGCCGCCACAUGACGGCCGCGGAUGCCGUCGUGAACCCGACUCAGCCGCCGCGCAACGGGGAGUCACCGAAAGCGGCGCCGACGCAUUCGUCUCGCAGCCCGUGGACCAUGCGGAAAGAGCCGUCUCUGAGUCAGGACGAGUUGAACCGGCGAGUGGAAGCGUUCAUAAAGAAGUUCAACGAGGAAAUGAGGAUACAGAGACAACAGUCGUUACAGCAGUACAUGGAGAUGAUCAACCGUGGGGCCAACUAGUAAAUUAUCUCAAUUUUUGGCCUUCUAAUGCAAAACUUUGAAUCAUUACAUUACCUUUCUUCUUUCAAAUUUCAAUAUCUCAGCAAAAAGAUAAGUAUUAAAAAAAAUUAUUUUUUUAUUUCUUAUUUUGGUUUUGUAUAACUUGAAAGUAUAUCAGAUUAUGUAAAUGAACAUAUUUAGUUUAUUGUAAUUUAUUUAUUUACAU